CAUCUUUCUCGGAAAAGACCGCCUCCCUCCCUGCCCACGACUCUUAAAGCCAGGAGGCGGGGCUCUGCGUCGCUGCGGGCCGUGGCCAAGGCAUGGCGACCGCGGAUCCCUGCGGGCCCGGGGUACGGAUGUCUACCCCGGGACCCCGCCCCGGCGGGACCCUGGACUGCGCAGCGGGAACUACGGGGUUGCCCUUCGGGAGAAGCGGCAGUGGAGUCCCCCGAUUGGGGGAGCGGCCCCCGGUGGUUGUGGAGAAGAGGGGGCCGUACAUGGUGACGCGCGCGCCUUCCAUUCAGGCCAAGCUGCAGAAGCACCGGGACCUGGCCAAAGCUGUUCUGCGGAGAAAAGGCAUGCUGCGGGCCUCGCCGAACCGCCCCGACUCUUCAGCGAAAAGGUCAGUGAAGUUUAACAAGGGCUAUACUGCCCUUAGUCAGAGUCCAGAUGAAAACCUGGUGUCCCUCGACUCUGACAGUGAUGGGGAGCUGGAAUCCAGAUACUCCUCCGGGUAUUCCUCUGCAGAGGUGAACCAGGAUGUGAGCCGGCAGCUGCUCCAGGAUGGGUAUCACCUGGAUGAGAUUCCAGAUGAUGAGGACUUGGACCUCAUUCCUCCCAAGCCUAUGGCCUCUUCAACGUGCUCCUGCUGCUGGUGCUGUCUUGGGAACUCUUCCUCCUGUACCCUCCAGUAGACAUAACCCCCUAAGAUGGGCCCUGGUCACCAUACCUGCAGAGCCAUGUUGGCCCUUCUUAGGUCACAGAGUGCAGUGGGGGCUGCAGUCAGCCCCAGAAUCACUGGAGGCACUGACCCUCUGGGAAGGUCAUUGACUUGCAGUUACGCCUUACCUGGUGCUUCUCAGGCCAGAGGCCUCCAUCUGGGCCAUAGGGUGAUAGGUGGAAUUCUGCGGUUUUCCUCUGCUAUUAGAGCAGAGUUUGGAAAAACCACUUUAGUUCGGGCAGGAACAGAGGGAUUCUGAUUCUUGUGGUGACAAAGUUGGCUAAGUAUAUCUUUCAGAUAUCUUGACUGGUAUUUGUCUUGCUCAGUGGAGAGACAGCGAGCUUUUGUGCCCGGGCUGUGCUGGAUGGUGUUGUAUGGAAGCAGAAAAUAGCACUUUAUGGCUUGCAGCUGGGAGUCUCUGAAAAAUAGCUGAACUAUUUGGGAACCAGUUUAAGAAAUUCCAUAAUGCUCCGUCUUCCUGGCUCCACGAUGGGACCCUCAGGAAAGCAUAAAGCAAGGCCCUUUGGCCCUCUUCCCCUUGCACCUGUUUGGCUCUGGCAGGGAAUACAGCCCGCUGCUUGAUGGCACAGCAGGAUCAAGGCUUCCAGAAUCCCUGGACUCAGAGCAUCCCCAACUGGGUCAGCUCACCCCUAGUUAGAGAAAAAUUGCUCCACUAUGUACAUAUUUAUUUAUUUGUCCUUCCUUGGUUACCAUUCUUUGCCUUGGUCUUGGCUAGUUCAACACCCAGUCUUUUGAGUGUAAAGGUUGGGUGAAGGGCCUGGAGCUCACCCCAGAAGCCUGCAGGUUUGGGUUACCAGCAGAGGGAGCUGCAGGGAGCAGUCAGGUGCCUUCCUAUUUAGCUUUUGAAACUUGAGAAGAGCAAUGGGUGAGAAGUGUACGGGUGCAGCUGUGUGGGCUUUGACGUGGACAGAGGCUCACAGGAUGGGCAGGGACGCGUGCCAGCUUCCAGGGCUCUUGCCUGAGGAGAUAAAUCGGCCAUUGCGGAGGGCUUCCCUUCACUCCAGCAUGGGUCUCCCCGCAGAUACUGAGUAAACUUCUCGGGCAACCCAGCCUCAACCCUCAGUGUGAGCACAGCUGAGAGGCAUAAUCUCCCCAGUGACCACGCCCCCACCCCAGAUGGUAUCUCUUGCUCUACCAGUCCUCUCUAGAAUUGUGUUCAGUGUUUUUUUUUUUUUUUUACCCCACCUAGAGCGGUGGUGAGGACUGAAGGAGAGUGGACGUGGUUCCCAGCCUAAGGCGCAUGGUAGUCAGGAUUGGGGUGUGGGCCCCACAUGGGAAGUGCCUAGUCUGGUGAUUUAUUUUGAUGUCCUGUGGCCCCUAGAGGAAUGAGGGAUGGCACAGACUCUGGUUCUACCGCAUGAGGUGAUUGGAAGGCUGAGGAGGUCAGUUAGAAAGGCCUGGCCAGAUGACUUGGGUGGUCUGUCAGUGCUUGAUUGGCCCUUAUCUUGGUGCUUCUGUGGAAGCAUAGAAAGUUGAGAAGAAUAUAUGGUAUCCAGGGAGCCGUGGUUAACAUUGUAUGAUCUGGUAGCGUCACAGCAGGAGGGAGUUGGGACCGAGGGCACAGGCACCUCAGGUUGGGGUCUGGGAACCGGGGACGCAGGCGGGUUCGGGAUGGGUCUCUGCAGUGCCACACAGGUGCCUCACAUGCCAAGCACCUGCAGGCGUUUGAAGACAGGGGAGCAUCUUCAUCCCAGAGCCUCGUCCACCCACCGAGACUGUUUGAGGCCUUCCUGGCUGCCGCAGAGGUGCCGAAGUGCACAUGCAGAGAGGGCACAGACGCAGGGCGGUGUCAAGAGACAGCGGUGGUAGCCGGAAGCCCAGUGUGGGGCCACAUAUGUGUGGGGGAAUUGGUUAGGACAGAAUAGCCUGAGCAUUUAGCAGCAGCUGUGGGUGAAGGUGGUAGCAGGGCCCCAAGACCAAGGCCCUCCAGAUGGUUGUUACUUUAAACUGAUGUAUUUGCCUGCAUCUGUUCCUGGAGAGGAUGUUCCAGAACUGGUUGACUCCAUGUGGAAGGCAUUACCUUUGUGGGGAAAGCUGUAGGAACAGGCCAGCUAGGCAGGGUAGAAAUGAUCUGUUGUUUGGGGCCAGAAGUCCCAGGCUAGAUGUCACCCGUAAAGGCACCAAGGUGCCUAGAGCCAAACUGCCUUAAUUCAGAGUCUAGGUAUUCUGCAAGUGAGUGUCCUGGGGAGAGGCGGGGUGUAUUCACCGUUAACCUCACACAGGGAGUAUGUGUGUGGUGUUUGCAGAGUACUCUACAGAACUCUUGGCUUAGGCUUCCACAGCCCUGGAAGUUUCUAAGAAUAAACACAAUCAUGCUAGUUAA